GCUUGGAAGGAGGCUAAGGUGCUUUUCUCUACCUGCCUGGCAAGAAAGAGGACUGAAUAAUUCAGAUUUUCUCCCAAGAGCCCCUCCCCUCCUUUCUGCCCCCUUCCAACAACAACUUCCCCUCUUUCUUCCUCCUCCUCCUCCUCCUCUUCUUCCCUGCCCCCUUCCCCCCCCCCCUCCGCCCCAUUUCUACCCACACAUCGCUCCCAAAGGCAUCCAGGCAGGGAAUGAGGCUGGCGCUCGGCGGUGGCACACCACAGCACUCGCCUUUUGCCGGCAAAGGGGAAGAAGCGGGCACCGCCGGGCACCGCUGAGUCUGGCAACCAGGGGCAUCGGAGCCCUCUCUUUGCCAGGGAGCCCCCAAAGCCGGGAAGAGCCCAAAAAGGCUGAAAAAAGAAGGCGAAGAACCCGCCACUCGCCCCGGAGCAGAGAAGAGUUUUUGAGUCUACUACAAUGGACCCCAAGGACAGGAAGAAGAUCCAGUUUUCCGUGCCCGCUCCUCCCAGCCAGCUGGACCCCCGGGCCGUGGAAAUGAUCCGUCGGCGAAGACCAACACCAGCUCUGCUAUUUCAGUUGUCGGAAACUUCUUCACCUGAGGAAGGAUCUCCAUAUCAGAGAGCUUUGGGUGAAGGCUACCACCUUAAAAACAAAAGGAACUCCCCCUGUGUCUACACUCCUCCUUCUCUUAAAGCUGUGCAGCGCUUAGCACAAAGCCAUUUGGAAUCAAACCGUUCCUGGAUGGAAGAAGAGUAUGCUGAGGAAGAGGAAGAAGAGGAGGAGGAAGAGGAGGAAGAAGAGGAAGAAGAAGCUCAGGACUCGGAUGACACCGUGAGGGAGAUGCCUGGACUGUUGUCCCAGGGGCAGAAGCAGCUGGGCACGGCUUCCAAGACAGGCUUGCUCAGGCAAUGCACUGUCUUGGAAAAUAAGCCUAAAGAAUCUGAGCGUCCUGUCUAUCCGUCUCUCUCCAAAUCACAGAAACGGAAAGGUGGGCAGAAAGUAUCUUUUGCUGGAUCUGUGGAGGAGGUCCCCAAUGAAUCGGAGAAAGAAGAAACUUUAGCCGAGGAAGAAGAAUCCCAGGAGCAGCAGAACCAAGCAGCAGCAGUGGAAGGGGAACAAGGAGACCCACCAAUGGCAGAUCAUGUCAUGGAAGUGAGCCACUCCAGUUGGGAAGAGAGACCUCCUCAUGCUGUUAACCUGGAAAACCGUUCCUCCCCUCCUCCGAUCCAUACUACCACCUAGCACAAGAAGCGAAGGGUUGAGCUGGGAGCUGUCCUCUUGAUGGAGAACUCUCAUUUUUCACCAAGCCACAUCAGAUUGUUUCCUUUAACAACUAUUUUUCUCUUUUACCCUACUUUCUGUUCCAAAUUUGUCUUUCUUUUGGCAGUGUUUGGUUUGUGUUCAGUGAAUUAUUUAGUAGAGAGAAAGGGAGGAACGAGGGAAAGGAAGACUGGUGGGUGGAGAAGCUUGGAAGAAAACCUCUAUACUCAGAGAUAGACUGUCUCUGAUGGCCAUGAGCUGAAGACAGGUGGUCGAGAUGGCUGCAUCUACUAUGCCUUGCUUGUAUGAAUCCCAGAAGGGCCCUUCAAGUUCAUCACUAUGUGAAGAGCUUGACCUAAAUCAGAGUAGCAUUGCUGGAUUGGAUAUGGGGUGGUUUUUAGAGAGAACCAAUACCUUUGUGCAGUUUGACUGAGUUUACUGGGUUGCUGUGAGUCUUUUGGGCUGUAUGGCCAUGUUCCAGAAGCUUUCUCACCUGACCUUUCACCCACAUCUGUGGCAUUUGAGGAUGCCUGCCACAGAUGUGGGCAAAACAUCAGGAGUGAAAGCUUCUGGAAUAUGACCAUACAGCCUGAAAGACUCACAGCAACUCAGUGAUUCUGGCCAUGAAAGCCUUUGCCAAUAAAUUGACUGAGUUCAUCCUGCUCCAUGAGCUCAUCAGGUUUAAAGGUACAAUUUACAUCUUUAAUUGGCCAAUACAUUGCUGAAAUUGAAUUGUCCUUGGGUUUUUUAAAGGCAUCUUUUCAAUUUAGCAGUGGCAUUAAAGAGUUGUGAAAUAGGAUGCACAGGGAGUACUCAAAUUAUUCUAAAGCAAAAUCAUGCUAAGAAAAAAAUACACAUCCCCAUAUGUUUUGUAUUAAGAGAUAUAUUAUGCUUUUACGUGGGUCAUGGGGGCAAAGUUUCUAUGUUGCUGAAUUUUGGUUGUAGCACCAAGAUCUGCAGAAGAUGGCCACCUAUCAUCCAAUAGAGAUAUUAGUUUUUAACAGCUCCUUUUAUCCAUUGAGAUCUGAGAUUUUGCCACAGUGCUACUUGAGACCAGUGGAUACAUUCUCAUACACAUAAUUUAGAUGCUAACAUUCCUCCAAAACAGUUGUACUGCUACCAACAAAAGAUGUCUUUUGGAUGUCAUGGAGUGUGAAAUAGGAUAGAAGUGGUGGGAAAAGAAAGAAGAGCAUUAAUAUCAGAGGUCAUUGUCUCAAUCUUUGGUAAAACUCUGUGAAUGAGGCAAGGAAAUGGCACAAUAAAAGCUUCAUAUGGAACCAUUUCUGGCCUGAAGGCAUUAGAAUUGGGAGAGAUGCAUUUUGAGAAAGCACGUCGUUCCAGUAACCGGCAACUUGAGACACAGAUUGAUAAGUUGGAAGAAAGCUCUGCGUGGUCCGUUUCUCUCUUGUAUUCUCCCAGAUGUUAUGUUCCUCUCCUUGAAAGCUGAAAAUCAGGAUCCAAUCAAUCUGUACAGUCCAAGUUGUUAUUUUUCUCUAAGCCCUUUGACUUCCUACCCACCCCACCCUUCUUCCUGUGUAUUGGAAAAUGCCUCUUCAUGUGCCUCUCUGCUCUAUUAAAGCUUUGUAAAUAAAAA